AUGGAAAAAGUGUCCAUCGAAACACAGAACCCGCUCCGGCAAAAUGCUCCAAGCCCAGUAAACGCCAGCACCUACAAAGAGGUCGCAGCGUCACCUCGUUCAAACAUCGAACACAGCAUAAAAGAGGACUGCACCCUGGAAGUCAAUGACCGGGACUGCACACUAGAGUUCAGCGACCGAGCCUGCAACCUGGAACUCAAUCAAUAUGCCGGCGACAGACACACAGAGAAGCAGGUUGAGGCCGGAGUCGGAGCUGCAGACGGAAACCAAGCAGAGGCGAGUGGACGACGGUCCACAGAAGACGGGAAACAAGAUCAGGAUCCGGAGUCACAAUCUGUGACAGGAACGGUCAGGCGUCAUAGGUCUCGUCGGCGGGAGUGGAUUAUCGCUGGUUCUGUUUUUGGGGUUGUUAUUCUUCUUGUCGUUAUUAUUGUUCCUUCUGUGAUAUUUGGGACUCGUCAUUAUAGGCCGCAGUAUGAGCCGCCUAAGAAUCCGUAUGUUGUAUGA